CCCACAGCUCCCCUGCAAAGUAAUUGGUCUAAUUAGGUGGUAGGAAGGAGCUUCUUUAAAUUCCUCAGAAAUUAAGACUUGUCAUCCGCUUAACAUCUUAGCAUCUGUUACUGCCUCUUGCAUGUUUCUCCACUGCAUCAGUCUGAAGGACACUUUCCUGGACCUUUCAGAGAGAAAAUCAAAACAAAACAACCCUUGAAACAGAGAAGAAAUCAGCCCUUUCUUCAGUGGGAUGAAGCAUGUAAGGCAUUUCACUCCCUCCUUAUUUCUCAGUUUGGUGCACAUUUGCCUGGUUCAGGCAAAUUAUGCCCCCUAUUUCUUUGAUAAUGGAGCCAGAAGCACAAAUGGGAACAUGGCACUUCUCAGCCUUUCGGAGGACGUACCUGUCGGUACCCAUGUGUAUACUCUGAAUGGAACUGAUCCAGAAGGAGACCCUGUGACGUACGGCCUGGCCUAUGAAGCUGGAUCAAGACGCUACUUUUCUGUUGACAAGAACCUUGGAAAUGUUACGCUGAUUGAGGAGCUUGACAGAGAGAAGGAAGAUGAGAUUGAAGUUAUUGUCAGUAUUUCAGAUGGCCUGAGUACAGUUUCUGAAAAAGUCAGGAUCCUUGUAACGGAUGCUAAUGAUGAGAGCCCGGAGUUCAUCGAUACACCUUACAUAGUCCAAGUCCCAGAGAACACUCCCUCCGGCAGCAGUAUCUUUAAGAUUGAGGCAGUGGACAAAGACACGGGUUCUGGAGGAAGUAUCACUUACUUCUUGCAGAACAUCCAUGCUAGUAAGUUUACAAUAGACCGUCACAGUGGUGUCCUGCGCAUCAAAACAGGGGUCACCUUGGACUAUGAGAAAUCAAGAACACAUUUUGUCAUUGUGGUUGCCAAGGAUGGUGGUGGGAAGCUCAGGGGAGACAACAAAGUGUUUUCAGCCACAACAACAGUUACUGUCAAUGUGGAGGACGUUCAGGACACUCCUCCCAUGUUCAUUGGAACCCCAUACUACGGAUAUGUCUAUGAGGAUACACUCGCAGGCUCUGAAGUCCUUACUGUUGUUGCUCUUGAUGGAGACAGAGGAAAGCCCAACAGUAUUCAUUACUGCAUUGUGAAUGGAAGUGAAGGUUCAUUUGAAAUCAGCAACACAACUGGAGCCAUUUCUGUUAUAAAAAGCCCUAAUCAGCUCAAGAAAGAAGUAUAUGAACUAAAAGUUCAGGCAUCAGAAAUCAGUCAAGAAGGUGACGUCUCAGCGUACGCUUUUGCCAUAGUGACUAUAAGGGUGGUCGACCUCAACAACCAUCCUCCAACAUUCUACGGAGAAAAUGGUCUACAGAACAGAUUUGAACUGACCAUGUAUGAGCAUCCUCCAGAGGGUGAAAUCUUGAGGGGAUUGAAGAUUACAGUCAAUGAUUCAGAUCAGGGAGCCAAUGCUAAAUUCAACCUCCGUCUUGUUGGACCUGGUGGCAUCUUCCGAGUGGUUCCUCAAACUGUCCUGAAUGAGGCUCAGGUUACAAUAAUAGUGGAAAAUUCUGCUGCCAUUGACUAUGAAAAAUUCAAGGUGUUAACCUUCAAGCUUCUUGCAAUAGAAGUGAACACACCAGAGAAAUUCAGCUCGACAGCUGAUGUAGUGAUACACCUGCUGGAUACCAAUGACAACGUACCAAAGUUCUCUUCCGACUACUACAUCGCCAGGAUCCCUGAGAACUCCCCAGGAGGCUCAAACGUAGUUGCUGUUACAGCUACAGAUCCAGAUUCAGGACUUUGGGGAGAAGUCAAGUACUCCAUCUAUGGAACUGGAGCAGAUCUGUUCCUAAUCCACCCAUCAACAGGUAUAAUUUACACCCAGCCCUGGGCUGUAUUAGAUGCUGAAGUGAACUCAAAGUAUAAUUUCUAUGUGAAGGCAGAGGACACAGAUGGGAAGUACAGCUUGGCUGAAGUGUUUAUCACUGUGCUAGAUGUCAAUGACCACUCGCCAGAGUUCAAUGAAAACAUCCAGGAAAAGACGAUGAUCAUCGGGUCACCAGUGAAGAUAGAGGCUAUAGAUCAAGAUGCAGAAGAACCCAACAACAUUGUGGAUUAUUCCAUCAUGCAAGCAGAUCCAGCGAAUGUAUUUGAUAUAGACCAAAGCACUGGGGAAAUCAAGCUGAAAUCCUAUAUCCGUUCCCUGGACAUCAUCCACAACAUCACAAAGAACAAAGACUGCAUAUGGUCACUGGUGGUGCAGGCCAAAGACCGAGGCUCCCCAUCCUUCAGUACCACGGCAGUUUUGAAGAUUGACAUCACAGAGGAGAUCAAGAACAGGGUAAAAUCCUAUAUUUUAGGCCUCAAGAAGCGUCCAUGGACAAUAUUUGGAAUUUGCACGAGUGGCGUCCUUUCCACCAUUUCUGUAACAAUGGUGAUCUCCACCAUCAUGUACUGGAAAAGUGUGAAAAGAUCCAGGCUCCAUCCACAGGGCAAAAUCCGCAAAAUUAUACGGGGACGUCCAAGACACACAGUGUGCUAAACUGCAAAGUGAACUGGCCAUUCAUUUGUCCUUAAUAUGCCAUAUGUAGCUUCUGUUACUGCUUAUUUCAUUUCUAAAAACAAAGCUCUUUAGCUCUACUCAUGAACCCUACCUCAAAGAGUUUUGUUAUGUCUGUAAAAGAGUACUUGAAAACAGAAUGCAGCACAGACCUACUAGCUACUCAUUUCUACACUGUAAUUUUAUAAAGUGAAGUUUCCUCAUAGUCUUUUUAAUGCCAUGCUUAGUAAUAGUCCUAUAAACUGCAUCACGUAUCACCUGCAACUGUUUUUGAAAGAUCAUUUUCUGGUCAUAAACUGUUUGGGUUCAACACUAUUAUUCCUAGGAAAUUAACUCUAAAAUGUAGUACAACAAUACAGCUGUAGAUCCUGGAGCCAGUUAUUUUCUUGCUCUGUUCUUGCAAGUUAAACAAACACUAUGGUAACACACAGGAACCUGCCCCAAUUUGGCAGUAAUAUUUGGCUUAUAUUUGGUGUUCGACCGUUGUCCAUCUCACAAUACUAAAAUGCUUACUAAGUCACCUACCCCAUCCAAAUUCUCUGAACCUGGACUGGCUCUUUGACUCUCUUUUUUUAAGAGAUAACUUCCAUUAGUCAGCCCUGCUUGUUAACAUAUUUUGGACAAAUGAAAGUUCUAGGUCACUGUCUGUCCCAUAGAGUAAGUCAUGUGUUUUCUUUGUACUCUUUUACAGACUCUUCACAAAGGGCCUAUGGCCGCCUUUUUGAUGCAAACUAAAGAUAACCCCAUGAAAGCCUUAGGAGUGCUAGCUGGUGUCAUGGGCAUAAUGGUGCUGAUAACUAUCAUGAUCUCUACUGCCAUGUUCUGGCGCAAUAAGCGGUCCAACAAAAUCAUGCCGGUAAGAAGGAUCAUAAAAAAGAGACAGACCCCACAGUCCCGGACAGUCAGGAUGGAGUGGCUGAAGUUCAAGAGGCCCAGCAAUGCUGCAGAGAAGUUUGUCGUUGAGGAUGAUGCCCAGAGCCUACACAACGAGAACAGCAACAACAACGUCCAGGCCGCCCCCACGCCACCGACUGCCCCCUCGCCCCCGCCGCCCCCCAUCCUGGCUCACAGGGGAGAUGCCCCAGGGUGGCGGGUGCCAACUGUGUCUGGCUCCCUCACUCCCAAAUUUAUAAACAAGCAGCUGAAGAACAGAGGUCAUGGCAGUGCUCACAACGCCCUUGUGUCAGAGCUCAAAAUGAAGUUUGAGAAGAGGAAUGCAGCUAUUGGUGAGCCCCACAUCUAGGUGCCCUUGGCAGCCCCCAGAUACUGCGGGCUGUGGCUGUGCAUGGAUAUAUUUAUGUGCUGUGGUCUUCCUCAUGUUUGUCAGCACUCUGUGAACUGAGAGCAGCUUCUCGCUGUGAUAGCCACCCCUCACCUUCUCCAAGUAUUACAUAGUACAGAGUCCCCCCCACCCAUAGCAAAUGCUGUCCUCCAUGCCUCAUUGUGACUGCAGUUCCUUCACCUUGUGUCCCAGUGCUGGUCCCUCCCUGCAGACAUCUGACCAAAGUGUUGAGCACCUUUACACUGGCCACAGUGUCCCCAUGUGAAUGGGGUUCAGGUUGUACCUGUUUUGGAGGUCCCUACCCAGAGUCCUGUUUUUUUAACAAGGCGCUCCGCAGCCAAGGCACUGGAGGAUGCCACUUCUGACCUGAUCUGGCAGGUGGGUUUCAGGUGUUCAGAAACCCAUCACUUUAAAUCCCAGACCCACUUUUGAAGAUGCUGGCCUGGCUGUGGCACCAGUAUUGAGUCAAUGUGCAGGUUUCCUACAGCAAUGACUCGGCACACUGCAAAAGGGUAGCAUGCAGCUGGUACCAGCUGUCCUCAGUGGUACCUGGUGUCCUCAGGGUGCAACAUGCUUGGCAACAUCUGAUGGGGCGAUAUGCACCUUCAUUCCCACAAGGUAAGAGCACGGGCUUGGAGAAGUUCUUCAUUUUUUUCUACAGCUUAUGCUGGGUUUUGCCAGAGCACGCUGACAUGAUGCUGCACUUUGCUUCUGCUUUGGACUUGCCUGCUAAUCAGAGAAUGGGAGGUCACCUCAGCCUUCCCUACACCAUCUGGGGCAAGACUGAAGUGCAGAAGUUCAAUACCAGCGCGGCUUGAUACGGCCUCCUUCUAACACCAUGUCCCUUAACGAGGUGGGUCUCGCAGGAGAAGGCCAUGAUUAAAGCAGCAGGGAAGACAAGGUAAAACCAAGAGAAAAAUGAUAAGUGAAAAAUAUAGACAAGUGCUGGAAAGUUGCAUGUGUUUGUCAGUGAAGUGUCUGGAAAGAUCGUUUGGUUUUAUACACUGCUAGAAGGAGGUGAUGGGGAAUGUAUUUCAUCACUUCUCCUGCUGGCUUGCUCCAGGGACUCGUGAGGAUAUUUCCAUAAAAUAUUCUGGUUUGUCCUGUCAGUAUUUUGAGCAAAUUAUGCAACAGUUAAGAGUGGGGAGAGGACUUGGGGGGCAGCACUUUUUUUUCCUGCAAAAAGUCACCAAAGGCAAAGCAUUUUUUUUCACUGGAUCCUACCCCACAGUUUCUCCACCAUGUUAGUUCCUGGGGAGAUGUUUUUCAGCUGGGACUGGCUGUUUCCUAUCCCCUGGGGAGAAAGGCAGCAUGUACUGAGCUGGCUGGGGAGCAACACCCUGCACCCUCUGGCUGAGCCCUGGCCCUGCUGGGCAGCCGUGCUGUCAUGGGUCAGCACCAUGAACAUCAAGAUGGGGAGCAAACCCUACAGGAUGGAACCUUCUUAUUUCAAGGGGGUCAUGAGACUCUUCUCCAGCUGUCAUUUCAGCUGGACCAGCAGACCUUGCCUUCAGGGGCUGUUCAUCCCUCACCCCAUUAGCUGGUCUAAUUCCCUUUGUUUGCAGCAGAAUGUCAUCAGCUUAGGGGAUAGGAGGUAGAAUGAGAAGUUAACUGUUCAUGGGGAAAAAUAUUGUGGUUUUUAACCUUCAUUUCAAUCCACCUAGAAGCCAGACCAUGGCUCAUGUCACCCACAGGCUGAGCCAGGAGCUGUAGGGGAGAGCCACAGCAGGGUCCCGGCUGGAGGACAUGGCAGCAGCACUGCUCCCACAGCUUCUCCUGCCACAUCUCUUGUUUCCUCCACUGUUCUCUUGCUUAUCCCUCCUCCUGGGGCUGCAUGGCAUGAGGUCCAGGGUCUCAUGUUGUUUGUGGUCACCUCGUCCUUAUCCUCUGGCCGUGAGCCAGUGAGAGGGAGGGGACGUGCAGCCCCCAGCCCUGGUCCUGGUGCCUGCAUGAGCACACACCUGCUGCUGGUUGUGUCUCCACCAGGUUCUGCAAUGUUUCCUGAGGUACCAAAAGUUUGUGAUUUAUUCCCUAUACUCCUGUUUUCCCCAUGUAUUGAAGCCAGUAUUUGAUGUUCAUUCUCCAAUGAUGAAAGCCUAUAAAGACCAUAUAGUUAAGUGAGAUUUAACAGGAAUUAUAGGCUUACAGUCUUAGAGAUUCUAUUUAAGAGGGAAUAAAGAUGUAUUAUUACAAUGUUGUGAAACUUUUUUCCAGUUACUCUGUAUAUCAAAUUCAGGUGUUGAGUUUUUUUUAAUAAAUAAACCUGAAAAAGGUGA